AUGGCUUUUGAUGACGCAGACUCACCUUCAGGUCGCGAUCGACGGCUUAUGCUGCAGCGGAAAAUGCAGAGGGCGAUGACCCAGCUCACGCCACAAGUCAAGGGCCCGCCGCGCCACUAUGGCGGGGACUUCGCCUUCGUUGGCGCAGCAUACGUGCUAAGAGUCCACAAAGGAGCAGGUCCAUUGCAGUGGCUGAACAGCCUUACGCAGAGGCUGUUCGACUUGGACAGUUUGGUUCUGACAGCAGACGGUGGCUUCAAGAGGCCAGGGCAGGAAGAGCCGCUCUUUCCUAUUGGCAACUUCUCACUCAAAUGGCGCUGGGAUGCAUCAGCUUGCAAGCUCAUCAUCGACUUCUGGAAAGACAUGAAGUUGCUUGAAUGGCGCUGGGACGAGCUGAUUCCGAGCAAGGAUUUGCGCUUUCCCAGUCUGGUGCCAGACUGGUCUGGAACGGGACAUGUUGGAGGCAGUUCAUUUAGCUACUCCAUGUUGAGCAUCGUGGCCGAGAACUUCCAAAAAGCCGAACAGGCGGAGAUGAAGCAGUCGCUUCAGUGUGUGGAAUCUGGCGGAGGAGAUCCUGAAGCUUGA